CAGGUGAGUCCUCUCGUAGUCACUACCACAGUUCAUACUCAUCACUCAGUCAAGUGGAACGGUCCUAAUUUCAUCCUCUCUCCGGGACUCUCUACUUCCUCACCCUUUAGUCACAACCUCAUAAGACAGGCAGUUCCACCCCCCUCCAUCCCUCUGUUACUUUUUUUAAUCAAAUUUUCAACAACACAAAAACCACAUCAUACAAAACCCAACAACAACAGACAGAAACCAUUUAAAUAAAGAUAAAAUAAGAUUAGAUGUUUCUUUAUCAUGCUUAAUCACCUGCAGUCAGUGGCCAGGCAGAUCUCAGCUCCGUGAGGAUUGGAUGCACCGUGGAGUGGGCGGGGCCUGCUCUGAUGCAUCACACACGUACCAGCACAGCAGGACAGAUCCUCUCUCUCCCACUCUCCCUCCCCCUUUCUCCACCUCUCGGUCUGCCUUUCAUACAUACGCCAGAGCGCAGACUGCAGCAGAACGCAGGGCCAGUGGGAUUUUCCUCCUCGUACUGGAACAGCUGAGAAACCAGAGAGACAGUCACCCCGCUGAGGAGGAGAGAGACGUUAUGCAUGGAGGAUCCACUGAGGAGUACCUGACCCACAAGCUGCCGAUCGUGUAGGUUUGCAUCUGGCUCUCAGAAGCAGUUGUGUGGACUCCUACACGCACCCAUCCCUCCUUUGGGACCGGCCCACUCCCUCCUCAUUUAAGGAUAGGAUGCUCUGCGCCCUUGUGCUGAGGAGGCGUCUGCGGGCAACAGUAUGGGCGCUGUGCUAGCCGGCACCCCCUCCACCACCGAUCUGCCACCACCACGCUGCCCCACCGAGACGGGCGCUUCCCCCAGCCCCGCUGAUGGGCGAAGACACUGACGCCACCCCGACGCUCAACCACCGCGGCUUCCUCCCCGACCACAACUAUGUGACUGAAGGGCUGCUCCUGGCUAUAGCCUGAAGAGCUCCGCCCAUCCUGUCCACCCCUCUCCACCCUGGAGUCUUCCCCCAGGAUGUUGAGCCCCAUCCAGGUCCUGUGCUCCGACAUCACUACCCUUUCUCUGGAGCCCGAGCCGUUUGCCUCUUACACUGAAGCUGAUAUCAUCUCCACUGUUGAGUUCAACCACACUGGAGAGCUCCUGGCCACAGGGGACAAAGGGGGCCGAGUGGUCAUCUUUCAGAGGGAACCGGAGAGCAAGUCUGAGCCCUUCUCCCAGGGAGAGUACAAUGUCUACAGCACCUUCCAGAGCCAUGAGCCCGAGUUCGACUACCUUAAGAGUCUGGAGAUCGAGGAGAAGAUCAAUAAGAUCCGAUGGCUGCCUCAGCAGAACGCUGCACACUUCCUCCUCUCCACCAAUGAUAAGACCAUUAAGUUGUGGAAGGUGAGUGAAAGAGACAAACGGCCCGAGGGGUACAACCUGAAGGAUGAGGAGGGUCACAUCAAGGACAUGUCCACCGUCACCUCCCUACAGGUGCCGGUGCUGAUGCCAAUGGACCUGAUGGUGGAGGUGAGCCCGCGCCGAGUGUUUGCCAACGCCCACACCUACCACGUCAACUCCAUCUCCGUCAACUCCGACUAUGAGACCUACAUGUCAGCUGAUGACCUGAGGAUCAAUCUCUGGCAUCUGGACAUCACCGACCGCAGCUUCAACAUCGUGGACAUCAAACCAACCAACAUGGAGGAUCUGACAGAGGUGAUCACAGCGGCUGAGUUUCACCCUCACCACUGUAACCUGUUUGUCUACAGCAGCAGCAAAGGCACGCUGCGCCUCUGUGACAUGAGGGAAGCAGCGCUGUGCGACAAACACUCCAAACUGUUCGAGGAGCCCGAGGACCCGAGCGCCCGCUCCUUCUUCUCUGAGAUCAUCUCCUCCGUGUCGGACGUUAAGUUCAGCCACAGCGGUCGCUACCUGCUCACCAGAGACUACCUGACUGCCAAAGUCUGGGACCUCAAUAUGGAGAGCAAGCCCCUGGAGACGUACCAGGUUCACGAUUACCUCCGCAGCAAGUUGUGUUCCCUUUAUGAAAACGACUGCAUCUUUGACAAGUUUGAGUGCGCCUGGAACGGCUCGGACAGUGUGAUCAUGACUGGAGCCUACAACAACUUCUUCCGCAUGUUCGACCGCAACACCAAACGGGACGUGACCCUGGAGGCGUCGCGGGAGAGCAGCAAACCCCGAGCUGUCCUGAAGCCACGGAGGGUGUGUGCCGCUGGGGGAAAGCGCCGGAAGGACGACAUCAGCGUGGACAGCCUGGACUUCACCAAGAAGAUCCUCCACACGGCCUGGCACCCGACUGAGAACAUCAUCGCCAUCGCCGCCACCAACAACCUGUACAUCUUCCAGGACAAACUCAACUCUGAGCUGCAUUAAUGAAGGGAUCACAGUGGUGGACACAAACAAGUUUACACCUGAACACAUAGCUAUGCCAGAAUGUACACAUUUACGGACAUACGCACGCAGAAAUAUGCCUAACACACACACAAUCAGAAAACACACACACACACAGACACAUCUAGGUCUACUUUUCACCACACUCCCUCACCUCCUCCCCAGCCUCCCAGAACUGAAAGGACCUAGAAAGGGCUAGAAAGGGAACAUUCUGGAUUACGGAUGAUGGAUUAUGGAUUUGCAAAAUUGUCCGAACUGUGGAUUUCUUGAUUGUUAACCUCUGGAUUGUGCUUGAUUGCUACAAUUGAUAAACCCCCUCAGAUUGGAGAGACGUUUACAUAUGUGUCGUUUAUUUUUUGUUUUGUUCUCUGUGGCUCUUUUGCUUUCUCCACCUCCUCCUCCUCUCCCUCCUGUAUUUGUGUGCUCGAGCGAAGCCUAUUCUUAUCCCAUGCCCACUGUUUGUGGUUGUCAACCAGUGGCACUGAUGAAAAUUGGGGCAUUUAUGUAACUGGCUGUUUGUUUGAUCCAAAUCAGCCACCCCUCUGCUGUUUUUGUAACUUCUUCUCAAAUUAUGUUUACGAUGGUAAUUCUGAUGACAAUGACGAUUUAAACUGAUACAUGUAAUGUGCAAGGAUGAAUUCAGGACCCUCUACUUAACCCAAGUGCACCCAGACGCCUGUGAGCUCAACUGGACCUCGUUCAGCGAGGUGGAAUAUUUGCAGUGCUGCAGAUUGAAGCAAAAGUCACACCAUGGCCUAAUAUGAGGACACACACUCAUAUCCCUUCCACACAGUACGUUUCAGUCAUUAAUGUUGUCUCUGGCCUUUCAACUUCUCUGAUUGUGGAUUCUGCUUCUGGCCUGGGGCUACGUUGUGUGCUACUUUGCCGUUAAAAUACAACUCGCAAAAAAAAAAAAAAAAAAAAA